UAUAAUUCUUUAGACCAGUUUCAGCGCCGCUAUUCGGGUUGUGCGUGAACUAAAAUCAGUCACGUGACAAGAACUGUGAAGCUAGAUGUAUGUGUAUGAUUUGCUUGGAUUUUGAAGAACCACGUGUUGUAUCGUGUCUCAGGAGAGCAAAAAUUUGUUACAGAAGCGAAUUAAAAGAAAAACUACAUCGUAAUAUUACAAUCCAUCUAUGGAAAUUUAAAGAGGAAGACGAAAUUACAAGUAACAAGAGUUGUGAAGUUACUCUACAAAGAAAGAUGUCUGAAAACGUUCCAUCGGCUUUUUCUAUGCAUGCAAGACUUAAAAGCGCAAAACAUGAAAUAAAAAUAAAAAACAAGCCUUUGUUAUCAAAAGUAUCUCAUCAGAAAUGCAUUAAACAGAAAUCUCAGAAGCAACCGAAUAAGAAAGAUAAGCGUGCCUUAAAUAUUUCUGUAAAAAGUAGAAAUAAUAUCAAUAAAAAAGGCAAUUUAAAAAUUUGUUCUUUACCUGAAAAAUUGGUAAAGGUUACAAAUAAAUUUAAAAAAUUAAAUAGAAUACAACAGUUAAAUGAAAUAAAUAAUGUUCAAAGUACACGUGAAAAAUUAAAAGUAACAAAGAAGCAAAAGAAGAAAAUUGAAAAAAAAAUUUGUGAAAAUGAAAGAAACACUAUUAUUGAAACAACAAUUGAAACAAUAUUAAGGAAGAAUGAUGAGAAAGAAAAUAAUGACAAUCAUUCAAAUGACAUAGAAUCAGAUAAAAAUAUGUUAAUUGAACAGUCAAAUAUAACUUAUUUUGGUAACCCCAAUCCUAUUUUAACGAGUCAAAAAUUAUUUCAGUGGCUAGUACAUCCUUUGAAUGUAAAAGAUUUUUUUAUAAAACAUUGGGAGAGGAAUCCAAUACAUAUAAAAAGAAAGAUAUCUGAUUAUUACAAGUGGAUCGUAUCGACAAGUAUAUUGGACAAAAUAUUGAGAGAUAAUCAUAUUUUAUUCACCAAAAAUAUUGACAUUACUUCGUAUGUCAAUGGAGUAAGAGAGACUCAUAAUCCUCCUGGUCGUGCUCUACCAAGUGUUGUUUGGGAUUAUUAUUUAAACGAUUGCUCUGUGAGAAUGUUAAAUCCUCAGACAUUUAUACCUCAGUUGCAUGCACUCAAUGCUACCCUUCAAGAAUUGUUUGGCUGUUUUGUUGGUGCUAAUUUGUAUCUCACACCACCCAAUAGUCAAGGCUUUGCACCUCAUUACGAUGACAUUGAAGCAUUUAUAUUGCAAAUUGAGGGCAAAAAAAGGUGGAGGCUAUAUAUGCCUCCUAAUGAGAAUGAAUAUUUGCCAAGAUAUUCGUCUAAAAAUUUCGAUCAAUCGGAAAUCGGGGAGCCUAUACUGGAUACUAUUGUCAGCGCUGGGGAUAUGUUAUAUUUACCGCGGGGAACCAUCCACCAAGGAACGACUAUCGACGAUUCUCAUAGUUUGCACGUCACGUUAAGUGUAUAUCAAAAAAACAGUUGGUGCGACUUGCUUGAGAAACUCCUUCCGCAGACUUUGAAACGAGCAGUCAACAUUGACAGUCGUUUUCGCGAAGGAUUGCCUUUGGAAUAUUUGCGAUACACUGGCAUUGCACAUAGCACGAAUACAACAGAACAAAAAAUAGCUUUCAAAGAGCAAAUUAAGGAUUUGAUAACUAAUUUGAUAAAUUACAUCGAUGUAGACAGCGCGGCUGAUUUGAUGGCUAAAGAUCACAUUCACGACUUUCUACCUCCGUUUCUCAAUAACGACGAACAAAAAUGUUCAGUGAUGGAAGACGGCGAGAUUAUGACUAGCAACGGAAUCGUUAAAAAUCGCACGGACAUAACGCUUGAGACACAAAUACGAUUGUUGAGAAUGCACUGUAUAAGAUUAAUAGAAGAAGAUGGAAUAUAUAGGAUAUACUACUCCACCGAAAAUUCGAAAGAAUAUCACGAAUACGAGCCGCAAUUUUUAGAAAUUGAUGCAGAGUUUGUUCCUAGCAUUCAAAAAAUAAUAACAUCCUAUCCUAACUUUAUAUACGUAAAGGAAUUGCCGAUUGAGAAUGAUGAUAUUAAGGUUCAAAUAGUGAAAGAUCUUUGGGAAAAAAGUCUAGUCAUAACACAUACUGCUUUAUGUUUGAGUUAAUUUUAUUACAAAACAAGUCACACAAGAAAAACUAUAAAAGAAAAUAUAUAUUUUAUAUAUUUUCUGAUUUUUGACGUGAGAAAAUUAACAAUAACUCUAGAAAACAUAUAUCAGUAAAUUUUGAAAAUAAAAAAUUACACAUUACGACAGUUAAGCAUAAUGAUACUGAUAGCACAAUAUCAGUCACAUAUAAUUAGAUAUGAUUCAUAAUAUAUUUUACAAUGUGUAAAAUGCUUAUUAUUUUAUUUCUCU